CCCCACAUUUUCAUGUUCGGGUGAGACAGUUUUUGGACGAACGUUUUCCAAUGCGUUGGAUCGGCAAAAAGGAUCCAGUGGAGUGGCCAGCUAGAUCACCUGAUCUCACACCGAUGGACUUCUUUCUUUGGGGACACCUGAAGUCGAAAGUGAACUUUCCUGCGACAGAUAAUUGGUCGAGAAUGACGUUUGCUGACUCCGGACAUCUUGAAUAAUUGACGGAACGCUUUCGAGAGUAGAACAUGGAAGAACCUGCAAGCAUUAAUGUUACCGAAUUCCCUUUCGAAAAUACGACCUUUCCAGAUGGCUACGAAGAUCUACUUAUGAAAACAAACCUAACUGUCAAAAUAUAUAUUGAGUUGUACACCAUUCUGUCAUUGAUAUGCGUUGCAUGUAAUAUAAUUAUCGCCUUCGUCAUCAUAAAGUACAGACGACUGAGAUUGGACAAAUCGAAUAUAAUUCUGUUGAACUGGACGAUCGUCAACAAUCUUUUUAUGAUAACUUCUCCAAUCAGUCAGAGGCUAUCAACGGACUGGGAGACGUACUUUGCAGCGUAUACCUUUUUUUGUUCUUUGGAACAAACACAAUAUUGUAUUUUACUUGCGAAUUUAUUGUUGGUGGAUCUUUUAUUGAUAAAUUGGUACUUGAAAGUGUAUCAUACUGUCAUAUAUGAAAAGUUUGUGAAUUACCUCAACUAUAUUCUAGUGGCCAUUUAUGUACCUGUUAUUAUUUCGACAGGUGUUCAUGUUAGUUCAUGUUUUGAAUACCGACUCAUAACUUCAGAAGUAUUCUUGCUCAUUUCAUAUCUUAAAUUCAUUGUUUUUAUGAUAGCGAUGAAUAUUGUUCAUCUGGUAAAGAGAAGAAGAUUGGCACCCUCAACCGUUACUUCUAAUAUGCCCUUAUAUCUAGUCAACACAUAUUUUUUGUCAAUAUGUCCUUUGCUUUUAGCUAUUUUUUCGCAUUUGCUGUUGCAUGACCAGUUAUUUUCUUUGAUUAUUUUAAUUGGGGGACUAAUUCUUGCAGUAAUGAACCCCAUUUACUUUUUUAUAAUAUUGUACAACUUUGAUAAAGAUUACAGAACAUUUUUCGGGCACGUUUUUUCAUCCAAAUGUUGCGAAUAUAAGGACGAUGAACUACAAGAAGAACCUGUUGUUUUUAACGGGUCCGUUCAAUUAGGAUAAUAUUAUUGUGAAUAUGUGUGAUACAAAUAAAAUUACUUCAGUAAC